AUGUCUUCAUCCUCCAAUGCCCAACAACUCCACCGCCAAAGCGACGCCCAAUUAGAGGAAGGACAUGGCUCCAGUCCAGAGCUAGCCACGGAAGCCUGUUCGUAUUCAUCCUCGGAUGGACUAUCAUCCCUGCCACAGACACCCCUGCAACGCAUCUUUGAACUCAUUUCAAAGACCGAUGCUGCCGCCAUCUUGUUCUGCAACGGAACAAAGUCGGUGGUUAUGGGCAUCCUACUGAUCAAGAUCCUCUACGCCAAUAACCCGAGCUCCUCCUUGGCCGGACUGCUGGCCACCCCGCUGUUGAUCUAUCACGUCGAGCAGCCGUUCAGUGGUGCGUUCAUGGUAGGCUGGCUCAAACAAUGGGUCGAAACCAAGGGCCAAAACGCACCACCAAAAGGCCAAGAUCAACAUGACCAACAUUCUAUCGUCUCUCUGUCCGAAAAGGACAACGACACGGCGACUUCAAAAGGCAUGGUAUCCGCUAUACACCAAUACUAA